AUGAAAGUAAGUGUAUUAGGAGCGUGCGGUGGUAUUGGCCAACCAUUAUCACUACUAUUAAAAAACAAUGAGUAUAUAGAUGAAUUAGCGUUAUAUGAUAUUCGUCUAUCGCAAGGUGUAGCCACUGAUCUUUCGCAUAUUAAUACAAAUUGUCGAGUUCAAGGGUAUGGCAAGGAUCAGUUGUCUAAGGCAUUAGAGGGGUGUGAUGUUGUUGUCAUUGUUGCUGGUAUCCCAAGGAAACCCGGUAUGAAAAGAGACGAUCUUUUCAGUAUUAAUGCAGGUAUUGUUAAAGGGUUGGUCUUGGAAGUUGGAAGGUAUUGCCCCGAGAGUAGAGUAUUGAUUGUUUCUAAUCCUAUCAAUAGUACUGUCCCAAUUGCAGUAGAGACGUUAAAAUCGAUUGGCAAGUAUCAACCUGGUAAAGUUAUGGGUGUUACCAUGCUUGAUCUGUUGAGAGCAGAAACGUUUCUGAUGGAAUACGCUAGGAGCAAAGCAGAUGGCUGGCAGAUUGAAGAUGUCAAAGAAUUGAAAAACCAAUUAUGUGUCAUUGGUGGUCAUUCCGAUAAGACAAUGGUCCCAGUGUUAUUAAACAAGUAUUAUCAAAGAAGGGUUUUUAACAAUGAUCUAGAAGAGUACAAGGGGUAUAUCAAGCGUAUCAAGUUUGGCGGUGAAGAAGUAGUCAAGGCCAAAGAGGGCAGUGGGUCUGCUACGUUAUCAAUGGCGUUGGCGGGAUACAAUUUCAUCGAAAUUAUCUUAGAAAAUAUCAAGAUUGCAAGAAGAUCCUCUCAAUCGAACGUAAGUAGUUGUUUUGUAUAUUUGAAUGGUAUCACCAAUGGGGCUGAAGCACAAGAAUUGAUACGCAAAUAUACUGGUUUGAAAGUGGAAUAUUUCGCCUUGCCAGUGGAAUUAAUGAACGGCACAGUCAAGGGGAUCAAUUUACAUGUAUUGAAAGAGAUUCUGGAAACAGGGAGUUCCUACACUUUGGGUCUAUUGAAAGAAUCUGUCGUUCAAGUGAAUAAGGAUGUCAUCAAGGGGAAACAGUUUGGCUUACAAAGCAAGUUAUGA